CCCAGAAAGAAGAGAUACGCAGCAGCAGGACCUGUCGCUCCACACAAAGGAACCCAAAACAUGAGUCGGGGCGGCUGGAGUUGGUUGGAGUAAAGCUUCGUAAUAGUCGCGGGAGACCUUCGGGUUCCUGACACGAAUAAUUAUCUAGUUUUUGCGACGAGGCUAAAGGGAAACUAAAGUUACGGGUUCUCCCUUCCUUAGCCUCUUGAAGCUAGCUCCGGGUCCUUCCUUGCUUUAGUCCAAUUUGUUCGAGUCUGUUAUGCAGUUGCCACAGACCCGUACUCGCACUCGUUCUCCUCCGCCACCUCUUCGCUCCCUCUCCCCGCUCUCUCUGGCCUUAUGUCUCGCUGGCUUUUCCCCUGGUCCGGCUCGAUCAAGAAGCGGGCCUGUCGGUACCUUUUACAACACUACCUCGGUCACUUCUUGCAGGAACGACUGAGCUUGGAUCAGCUCGGCUUGGACCUGUAUAACGGCAGUGGUGUCAUCAAGGAAAUCAACCUCGAUGUGUGGGCAGUCAACGAGCUUCUGGACUCUCUUGGAGCUCCUCUAGAAAUAGUAGAUGGCUUUGUGAGCAGCAUCAAGGUGACCAUCCCCUGGCAGGCUCUUCUGACUGACCACUGCACUUUAGAGGUUUCUGGCCUUCAGAUAACAUGCAGACCCAAAUAUCGAACCAGUGGGGGAUGGGAUUCACAAGGCUGGUCAUCCAGCAUGACCUCCAGCAUGCAGUUGGCCCAGGAGUGCCUGAAAGACCCCCCAGAAGCAUCCGAGGAGCCUCCUGCCCCGCUGGAAGGCCUUGAGAUGUUUGCAGAGACUAUUGAGACAGGUGAGCAAAACCUCAGUAUUUCACACUUUGAAAAAGACACUCAUUCAUACAGUAAAGUCUAUUGAAGUCAUAAUUAAAUGCAAUAACCUAUGCCAGAAAUAUGACAAAACAACACCUCAUUCAUGCAGU